CGCCAGAGAAACAAAGGGGAUGAACCGGGACGGUGCCCCUGGAAAGUCUCCUGAGGAGAUGUAUAUCCAGCAGAAAGUGAGAGUCUUACUCAUGCUGAAGAAGAUGGGAUCAAAUCUGACCCCCAGUGAGGAAGCCUUUCUACGAAACUAUGCUGGAGUUGUUCAUAGUCAGCUGAGCCAGCUCCCUCAACAUCCCAUUGACCAGGGGGCAGAAGACGUCGUGAUGGCAUUUUCGAGAUCUGAAGCAGAAGACCGGAGACAGUGAUUUCACAGAUGACAAAAGCACAUCCAUAAUGUGGCUCUCCCUUCCCCUCCCCACUCCUUCAGCUGAUGGCUGUCAAGAGAGGGGCCACUCUGGGACUUCAGAGUGUGUGUGUAUUUGUUUGGGGGGCAACGAGGAGUGGGUUGGUGAUGGGAGAGAGAGAGAGAGGAGGUGAGUUAAGAAGAUGUGAAUGAAAAUUCCAGAGCACAAAUAAAAACGUCGCCAGCUUUCCCUCGUUUGCUUCUGCUCCACCCGCACAAAGAGUGAUGUCACGACCAUCUGUUUGUCAAAUGUGCUGCUACUCUACUGGGGCGGAAGUGAUGAGAGCAAGCAGAGACAGAUGACCUUGCUGGCUCUUUUUAAGGUUAUUUGCCUCCCAAUAGAUAGAGCUGAGUUUGUGUUUUGUUUAAUGUAGUGUUUUUUUCUUUUGUGGUUUGAAUGAAUGAAAAACAAAAAAAAACUCAUAUUUAAAUAAUACAAUUGGACUUGUUUAACAUGUCACCAUUUUAAUCACAAGUUGUCCUCCAUUCCCAAUUUAUUUAAUCAGCUUGUUACAAUCACUACAUUUUUUUUUCCCAUUUUCAUGAAGUGGCCCUCCAUUUUUUUUUCAGUAUGCCUUAUGGCCGCCACAUCAGUCUUUUAGUCUAUGAUAUUAGAUAAUUAGGCAGGAAGAUAUUGAAAAGCACAAUAAUUGAGUCAAUAUGGGGGAAUGUAGCUCUUCUGUAAAAGUACAAAAGUCUUACAGGCUUGCCAUCUGAUUUAUGCUGUUAAUGUGCCAAACUUUGAAAGAUCAAUUAUAUGUUUCACCUUUCUUGUAUCAAGGUUCCCUUUUUUGUGGAGGAACCAGGGCAGCAUUGUUUAAUUUAAAUUCCUCUUAAAGUUGCUUUGCUUUGUGUUUUUGUUUUUUUUCUUUUCAAUUUUGUCAAGAAAUGCUGACUAACAGGCUGAAUCAAUGAAGAAGCGAAUUGUUCCAUGCACGUAUGCCUUGGUGAAAAGAAUGAGACACUUUUGUUAUUGUAGCCACAAAGGGAUGCGGACUCAAACACUAAUCACUUGCAAAACGCAACCCGCAGCACAAAUUAAAAACAAAUAAAAUAAGAGCAAAAAGGUAUUCAUGAGGGAGCAAAAACACAUUUUAGUUUGGCUUCAUUUUUACAAAUUGAGAAGAGAAUGCUGAAGCACACUGUUUAAAUGUGUCUUUGUAUUUUUUUUUUUUUUUAUUAAACACAAGUCUUUAAAAAAAGAAAAGAUUUUUACAGAAAUUAAUGUGUUUUUACUGGAAGACUAUUUUGUACACUAGAAAUUAUAAAUGGCACCCCCGAAGUUUGAAUUCAAGAUCGUUAGCUUAAGCGUGGCAUUUGAUUUUUUUUUUUUUGUUUGUCCUUGUGCCCAACUUUGAGGGUUAUUAAACAUUAGGAGGAUUAUAAUAAACAAAAGAAGCAAUCAUGAAAAUGUCAGCUUCAUUAGUGUGCCCCUUAAUGGGGUCUGAGGGGCAGCAUCACUGGGAGUAAUCAAACGCCACUUUAGCUAGCUGUAAAAAUUCAGCAGUGUGGAGGGGAUACAGAGGUGCCCAAUGGACCCUUGGGCACCUGACAUUGAUGUGUUCUUUUUGCAUCUCAUCUGUAAGUGGCACAAUCAGCCACCGUGUUGUAAAAGUGUGUGAUGCUGACUGCCAGUGUUUGUUGUUAAUUUUAUUUGUAUUAAUGUAUUAAAUGAUUUUAGGUUUGUUUUUACUGACCUUAAGGAUUUAAUUUGCAUUAAUAUCUGAUUCUUGUACAGAGUCUGCUUUUUUGUAUAAUUGGGUCUUAAGUAUGCUCUUCGAACAACACAAAUCACUGACUCAUUUUUAUACUGAGCAGUAUUAUUAUUUUUGCACCUCCAAAUUCUGACCCAGUGGAGAUGUCUGGCCUAUUGAUGACGACUUUAUAAAUAUUAAAGCACAAGUUGGUUGGUUCUGUGCACACCAC